AACUACCAAAUCUUAGUCCUUCAGGACUUACUCAAUCCUCUUGUACUGCCAAAUUCCUAGAACCUCACAUAUCAGCACAGUUACCCACCAAGAUGUCAACAACCACAAUAACAGCAAUACAAAGUAGCUUCCCCCCUAUCGCCCCUAAAGACUUCUCCGCAAAACAGCCCGAAACAAUUCGUCUCUACCCUCUCUCCAACUACACAUUCGGCACAAAGGAAACACAACCAGAGGAAGACCCGUCCGUGCUCGCCCGCCUAAAGCGGCUCGAAGAACACUAUGAGAAGCACGGCAUGCGUCGCACCUGCGAAGGCAUCCUCGUUUGCCAUGAACACAACCACCCUCAUGUCCUGAUGCUGCAGAUUGCGAAUGCGUUUUUUAAGCUACCCGGUGAUUACCUCCUCCACGAUGAUGACGAAAUCGAGGGUUUCAAGAGGCGGUUGAAUGAGCGCCUUGCGCCCGUGGGAUCGCAAUUCUCUGGCGAGGGAGUAAAUGAGGACUGGGAGAUUGGAGAUACACUUGCGCAGUGGUGGAGGCCGAAUUUUGAGACUUUCAUCAAGGACCAAAUGAGUCUCGUCGGUCAUGAUAUGCUGAUGUGUUUGCGUGUUGCUGCAGAGGUACUCUCCGUCCCGAAGAACAUGAAGCUGCUCGCCGUACCGCUCUUUGAGCUCUACGAUAACAACCAGCGUUACGGGCCGCAGCUCUCAUCCAUCCCGCACUUGCUGUCGAGAUAUAACUUUGAAUUCGUCGAUGAGAAUGAUAAUGUUGUUGCUGCUACGCCUGGGAUGGGUUCGCCAGGAGAUCAGGUUCCUAAGACAAAGGUUCUUGCCGGCGAUAAUAAUGGUAAGGCCAAGGAGGAGGACUCGGGGAUGGCUGACUAUACCGAGGGCGCGGAAACUGGAGGGCAACAGGGGCAGUGA